AUGGCCUUGCGAAACUGCACUUCUGGUUUUGGGGAAUAUAUGGAGGUGCUGGAGAGUGCAGAUUGGCCGCAGCAGGUGGAGGAACUGAGCGACCAGAAUGAGCAGGGCUUUGGUGGCGGAGUUUACAUCUCCAAAGGGCAGGUGUAUGUGAGUGGGACGCUCGAGCUCACCGAGUGCACUUCGGUCUCGGGUGGUGGUGUCUACAUGAAGGACGCCAGCCUCGUGGUGAAUGGCACACUGCAGUUUGAGGGUUGCAGAGCUGAGACGGACGGCGGUGGUCUUCUUGUUCUUGAGGGGCAAAUUGUCCAAACUGGUGGCACGAUAGUGUUUGACACCUGCAAAGCGGACACAGGAGGGGCCGCCUCCGUGAAAGGGGCAAGCUGGACGCAUGAGAUUGGAUUUCUGCAGGUGUCCAACAGCCGAGCUACUGCAGGUGGAGGCCUUGCCAUCGGCAACAAUUCAACUAUGCAUCAGCUGGGCGGCAUGAUGCAUUUCAAUCACUGUACGGCUGAAAAGGAUGGGGGUGGCAUGUUCCUUGAAAGGUCUGCGUUGAUUCAAAGGGAAGGCACUUUGUGGUUUCAGAACUGCGAAGCCUGGAGACCCUUGCCGUUGCACUCAGCCAACCAGCAAACCUUUCAGGACGUUGAAUUGAUGUUCAAGUCGUAG